CCUGGUAGGUUUCCCCAUGUCCGUGACGUGUUGGCCGGGGCUCUGCGGCUCCUCUCCGCCCUCGGAGCGGCCAGUCGCUGCCCUCUGGACUCCGUGAUCCCCGACGGGCGUCAUGAGCAUUGCAAUCCCUCUGGGAGUCACCACACCAGAUACGUCCUACUCCGACAUGGCUGCAGGAUCGGACCCAGAGUCUGUGGAAGCUAGUCCAGCUGUCAGUGAGAAGAAUGUGUACUCCAGCCACGGCUAUGGGGCCACCCAGAAACACAGCUAUCGCGGGCUGCCUUACGCAGAUCAUAAUUAUGGAGCCCCUCCUCCUCCAACGCCACCAGCCUCUCCUCCUGUCCAGACCAUUAUACCUCGUGCAGAACUGAAUGGCCUGCACUCGCCUGAUGAGGAGAACUCCGGGGACAGUGAGAGCUCCUCAGAAGGAGAAUCAAUUCCUACUUGGUGUCACUGCAGUGUAUCCCAAGAUGGUUUCCUCCUCAAGUGUGAAAAGUGCAGAGGAAUGAGCAGGGGGAAGGUGAUCAGACUCCGCCGCCGGAAGCAGGACAACGUGUCAGGUGGGGACAGCAGUGCAACUGAGAGCUGGGAUGAAGAACUAUCUCCCUCUACAGUGCUGUACACAGCUACGCAGCACACCCCUACAAGCAUCACGCUGACUGUCAACCGCGUCCGUAGAAGCAAACCUAAGAAGAGGAAGAGGAGUACAGAAAAAGCUCGUGCUGCUCCAAAGGCCAAAAAGAUCAAGGCCUUUCGAGAGGGCUCACGAAAGUCUCUGAGGAUGAAGAAUUCCCCUUCUGAAGCACAUGCCUUGGAUGAAAACACAGCUGAAGGGUGGGAGAAUCGAAUACGCCUCUGGACAGAUCAGUACGAAGAAGCCUUUACAAACCAGUACAGCGCUGACGUACAGAACUUGCUGGAGCGUCAUCUAAACUCUAAUAAAGAAUAUGUGGGCAAAACUGCUAUGCUAGACACAAUCAACAAAACAGAGCUGGCCUGCAAUAAUACUGUCAUUGGGUCCCAGAUGCAGCUGCAGCUGGGAAGGGUGACACGGGUUCAGAAGCACCGGAAGAUCUUGAGGGCAGCGAGAGACUUGGCACUAGAUACCCUCAUAAUUGAGUAUCGAGGGAAGGUUAUGUUACGACAGCAAUUCGAGGUCAAUGGGCAUUUCUUCAAAAAGCCAUAUCCCUUUGUGCUGUUCUACUCCAAGUUCAAUGGCGUUGAAAUGUGUGUUGAUGCCCGCACCUUUGGUAAUGAUGCCAGGUUCAUCAGGCGUUCCUGCACUCCGAAUGCAGAGGUUCGUCAUGUGAUUGCUGAUGGGAUGAUCCACCUGUGCAUCUAUGCUGUUGCCACCAUUGCCAAGGACACAGAGGUUACCAUCGCCUUUGACUAUGAGUACAACAUCUGCAACUAUAAAGUGGACUGUGCGUGUCACAAGGGGAACCGGAAUUGCCCUGUGCAGAAACGUAGCCCAAAUGCUGCAGAACACCUACCUCCACCUGUUUUAGGCACACUGAUUGGGGCAGAAACACGCCGGCGGAAAGCCCGUCGAAAGGAACUAGAAAUGGAACAGCAGGGCAUUGCCUCGGAUGAGAACAGCGGUCAGCAAACGGAGGAAGUUCCUGAGGGACCUGCAGCAGUCAGUGACAAUGAGGUGACGGAGAAGGAAGAGAAACACGAAGGGGAGAAAGAGGAGCCUGUAGAUGAGCAGGGAGCCUUGGUCCACAGCCGACGGUCCCGGGAAGACAGGAAGGUAGAAGCCAUCAUGCACAUGUUUGAAAACUUGGAAAAGAGAAAGAGGAGACGAGAGCAGCCAUCAGACCGUAACAGCACCGAUGCUGAAAUAAGCAUCAGUUCAGAGGCUCCUGAGCUGGAGGAAAUAAAAACAGAGACUCCUGAAACUGAAGAUGGAAGUUCAGCACUGAGUGCUGCUCCCCCGAUUGUUUCUAACAGUAACAGCAGUACUGGGGUGAACACACGGCGGUCUUCACAAGUAGCGGAUGCUGUCCCUGAAAAAACGGUUGCUAAGCCAGCUCCAGCAAAACCCUCAAGGCCCCGACCAAAAAGUCGCUUCUCUCGAUACCGGACCAGUUCAGCACAAAGACUGAGAAGGCAGAAACAAGCCAAUUCCCAGCAAGCUGAAGUCGCACAGGCUGUCCCAGAGGAAGGAAGCACUGCCAGCUUGGUAACCGCAGCAGACGUCAGCAACGUAGAAGGUCCAGGAGAAGGCCGACAGUUGAUGGGAUCUGACCCAGCUGCUGUCUUGGCUGCAGGAUCUCAGUCUAAUCGAGCGGCAGUAAAGUACCCCAAAACUAAAAAGUAUCUUGUUACCGAAUGGCUGAAUGACAAGGCAGAAAAGCAGGAGUGCCCGAUCGAAUGCCCUCUGCGCAUUACAACAGACCCAACGGUUUUGGCAACUACCCUAAAUAUGUUGCCAGGUCUCAUCCACUCCCCGCUAAUUUGUACCACACCUAAGCACUACAUUCGUUUUGGUUCACCUUUCAACCCUGAGAGGCGUCGAAGGCCCUUUCUGUUGGAUGGAAUUUACAGCUCCUGUAAAAAGCGCUGGAUCAAACAAGCCCUGGAAGAGGGGAUGACUCAGACCUCACCAGCUCCACAAGAGAACAGAACCCAAUGUCUAUACCAAAGUAACGAGAACAGCAGCUCUUCCAGCAUCUGCAAAGAUGACACAGACUUGCUGAGCCCCCUGAAGAAGUGGAAGUCUCGCUACUUGAUGGAGCAGAACGUUAAGAAGUUGCUGAGGCCGCUGUCUCCCAUCACCCCUCCGCCUCCCAUCCCUUCGGUUCCUGGCUCAGCGAGCCCACAGCUGGCUACGCCCUGCUCGUCGCUGCCGGGAGAGGAGGAGAGUCGCAAUGGUUAUGGCGUGAUGUUCUCACCGAUUCCUUCUCUGGCUGCUAGUCGCUGCAAUACUCCACUACAGUUUGAGAACGUAUCCUCCCCUGAGAGCUCCCCUGCGCACAGGCCUGAGUCCAUGUCACCCGAGCUCUGCCUCCGAUCUGACCCGGAUUUGAAGGGUGGGUACCUGGAUUCCAGUGCAAACACCUGCCCGGAACGACCAUCGCUGCUCACCUUUGGAUCCUCUGAUCUGGCUCCACAACCCUCCAUGAACUCUACUUCAGAGAUGAACUUCCCAGGGAAAAGUGGGGAAGCACAGAUGCUGCUACGAAGCUCUGAUCAGGCUUUUCGGACAGAGUUUAAUUUAAUGUAUGCCUUCUCCCCAUUGAACGCUAUGCCACGUGUAGAUGGGUUGUUGAGAGGAUCUACUCCUUUGGGAGAGAGGAAGCCAAUGAAUUCAGAAGCAGGAUGCUGCAGCUCUCCUGCCGAAGGAUAUUUCAGCAGACACGAGUCAGGGCUGCUUAAAGAGACAGUGCAUGGAUCCAUGUCUCCCUGCGGCGAGAGAGCUUGUGAAGGCGUCAGAUCUGCUCCCCAGAACCCGCCACAAAGGAAGAAGGUGUCUCUACUAGAAUACCGCAAGAGGAAACAAGAAGCCAAGGAGGGAGGCGAUUCAGCACGAUGUACAGGGACUCCUACCCGACAGGGCAGCAGCGGUUCUGUGACUGAUGCAGAUGGCAACACUCUGCCGGGCUCGGUAGCACGAACCCCGUCUUCCCCACAAAGUGGCUUCUCCCCUUCUCAUCCCUCUCUGCCUCACGUAGAGGACAUCAGCCCGCCAGACUCGAGGGGGGCUGGUUCCUCGACUUCACUCAGCAAAUCCCAGGAGAACAUCAGCAGUAGGUGGAUGGUCCCGACGUCAGUGGAGAGGCUUCGAGAGGGCCGAGGCAUCCUUGAGAAGGUGCUGCGGAGUGGUGCAAAGGUAUCCCAGAGAACUGAAUCCUCACCUACCUGUGACAGUGCCGUUGAGAGAGAUGCAGAUACAGCAGAAGGAGACACUCCAGAAGCCCACAAAGGACCGGCAGUUUACAGUCCUCGAUACAGCUACCAGCUCCUGCAGUCUGACAGUCCCCAGGCAGAAUCACAGACCCUUCUCCAGCAGAGCUCCUCCCCCUACAGAGGACACCUCACUCAGUCUCCUGGCUACAGCUACCGAGCCGCAGCCCAGAGGACAGGACACAGCCUCUCUCAUGGUUCCUCGGAAACAUCCCUCUCCUCCGCCUCCUACUCCAGCCCUGCCCACUCGGUCUCCACAGACUCCUCCGCCCUCUUUGCAGGGAAUUCGGGGUAUUACAGCAGCCAGCAGCACUCUGGCAGCGUCAGCAGCAGCCUCCUGAAAAAGAGCUGCCCUGCCACUGCCAGCCCGGCACAGCAGACAGCUGUGGACUCUCUUUCCUCCGAGUCGGGCUCCCAGCCCUGCACGGGCACGUCAGGCUCCACCUCGGCUCCCCAAAGUGCUAGGUCACUACAGUCAGACUUGCGGACUAUCAGUCUGCCGAAUUCCGGGCAGUCUGUCCUCUACCAGGGCUCCCGGGGAGCAGUGAUUUCCAAUACACAACACUAUCCGCACCGCGGGGGAAGCAGUGUCCAUCAGUACAGACUGCAGCAGCUUCAAGGUUCUGGAGUAAAGACUCAAACAGGACUUUCCUAGGGCUGCCUGGACUCCAGGAAGACAAAACUGCCCACAGCUCCUUCCAGUCCCCUCUGGAAGUGGCUCCUGGGCCGGUGUUGGGAGCUCGCACCUGAUGCUGGGGUGCCAGGGGUGAGAGGCUGAGGUCUGAAACGCACGGGUGAGAUUUGUGAGCAGUAUUGGCCUCUGGCUUGCAGGAGAACGCAGAUUUCUCUGAGGCAGAGACUGUAGCAAAGCUGUUCCCUGACACGUGGGUACAUUGCAAAAAGAAAAAAGAAAAAAAAAAGGCAAAUGGUUCAAGUGCAAUGACUGUGGUGCAGCCUCUGUCUCUUGUCCGUGCCCAUGGCCAUAGUCACUCAUGCAGUACGGACAUCGUUUUGAAUCCGAAAGCAGUUUAAAGAAAACGUUGGGGGAAGUUGAACUCCAGUCCCAAAGCUCUCUUUAUAGGUCAGGUUCUCGGUGCGUUCUGGGGAGGGCUUCAAUCCGUUACGAUCAUUCCAGUCACAAGCAGACGAGCGCACAUGGCCGCC